AUGGUUAUAAUAUAUAUAACAAUUUAUAUUUAUUUCUAUACAAACGUAUUUACGUGUAUAAAAAAUAUAAAUAAUUUUAUUAUUCAUAAUAUUUCCUCUCACUCGUAUCAAUAUCUGAUUGCUGUUAUCGAUGUCUGCGAAAAUAGUUAUACUGCUGUUAUUCAGCGCUCAGAUGACCGUGAUCACCGCAAGUAUCGUGACUUACUUAACUCCGCUGUUAACACAGUGGGAUGGUUCGUCGACCGUAAAGACGAUCUACCACAAAGAUUUGGCAAAUUUCCAAGGUUCACCAGCUACACGUCGAGUGCCAUGUGCUGCGCUCACCGGUACAAGCUUCGACAUACUGAUUCGCAUAUACUGCACAAAACGGACGUGGUCUCCUCGGUCACCGUGCACGACAAAAUGUACGGAAACUUCUCGGCCACCCUGUACCACUCACCGUAUAGAGACUUCUCGGCCGCCGUGCACGACAAAAUAUACGAAAACUUCUCGACCGUUUCAUACCACACGCUGCUUAGAGACUUUUCGACCACUCUGCACUACUCGCCGUAUAGAGGCUUCUCGGCUCCCGUGCACGACAAAAUGUACGGAAACUUCUCGACCGUUUCAUACCACACGCUGCUUAGAGACUUUUCGACCACUCUGCACUACUCGCCGUAUAGAGGCUUCUCGGCUCCCGUGCACGACAAAAUGUACGGAAACUUCUCGACCGUUUCAUACCACACGCUGCUUAGAGACUUUUCGACUACUCUGCACUACUCGCCGUAUAGAGACUUCUCGGCCGCCGUGCACGACAAAAUGUACGGAAACUUCUCGACCGCUCUGCACAACACGCUGUAUAGAGACUUCUGGUUCGCCAUGCACAAUGAAAUGUACGGAGAGUACAACUGCUCGUGUGGAGACUUCUCGGACACCAUAUAUGCCUACCUACAAGCAUGA